CCAGGAACGAAUUAUGGUCGCCUCGUGAGUCGGCAGACGUAACCGCUCUCAAACCGAAACAUUCUUCCACCCCGCACUCUCAUCGCCAUAAACCGACACCUUGACACAAAGAGGAAAGCAACAAGUGCAACCCAAGGAACGGUCGUCGCUCAACACUAUUGCUAGCUAGCAAGUAGCAGAGGCUGCUUCAGGAGCAGCAAGCCAGGACGGCAAGAGAGAAGCCAAACCGAAAUUCAAGGAGAAGGUGGAAUUUGGAAAGUCAAGCCGUUGUUGGAGUUGGAGUUGUUGUUGGAGGAAAAGAGGACGAGAUCAAUAGCAGAGAGAAGAGUGGAGGAGAAAACAAAAAGGUGAAGCACCAUGAGCUGGGUCAGUCUUUCGGGUAGCGAAGGAGGCGAAUCGGAGAUGCAUAGUUACAAGGAUGUCGCCAAACACGCCUUUGCGAGUCCCACAAAUCUUGGCUCUCGACUGGGACACAGAACACCUUCAAAGGACAACAUGUCCACCUCGGGAAUGUCUACAAGCCGUCGGGGCCCCUCAAGAAUUGGAUCUCAAGACGAAGCAGAGGCUUUCCACCAAAUGUUCAAUUCCACAGCAGUGCAGGUAACAAAGAAGCGAUCAAAUUCAAAGGAACCAAAACCAAACGACUUGAGCGAGGGCCUCAAAGCCCUUGCCAACAAGGCUAGCCGUCAGUAUCACGCAGACCUCAGCUCCAAUGAUGAAUCUGGAAACAAUUCCUCAUCCGAUGGAAAAGAGUCGUUUUCUCUUGGUUCUGUUUCGCGACGGACCAAGGACCUUGAUCUGGCACACAACGACAAUUCAUUUCAUGUCAUUGGUGGCCUCAUUGUGGAGUUUUUUCAAUCCAAGCAAAAAGCAGGAAACAGCGAUUUGCGACUGACUGCGCAAGACAUCGCACAGCUUGAUAGACUCGCCCCGCCCCGUGUCCGUGCAAGCUUUGUAGAGGCUGUUCGCUUCCGCUUUACAAAUGCUCCAAUGGAGUCUACAAGUUCUGUCCACCUCCUGGCUCGACAGUGCCAUGAUCUGGGGUUGGACGCUGAUGGCCCUCAAAAUCCACUCCUAGUUGCCGCUGGAGCUGAAAUCGUCAUUCCUGUUCCGCGACAAGACAAGACCACAUCAUCACGCGCUUCUGGAAGAAGCUCUGGUGAUUCCGGUUCAGAGAGUGGUUCCAUGUCUUCCUAUCCUUCCUCGUCUUCCGGCAAAGAGCCCGAAGUAAUUGGUACGCAUCCGUCUUCCAGGGUUGUACCCGCUCUACCUAAAAACUCGCCACUGCUUCCCAAUUUCGGUCGGCCGCCCCGUCAGCAUGCCGAAGACCCUCCAGCGAAGAGUGGGGCUUCAAUAUCGACUCGACUGACCAAAAUGGGUGUAGAAGUCCCCUACAAUUCCGAUGAUUCUUCUGCUGAUGUAAGCACCAGCCACUCACAACCUUCUUCCAGCCAAGGGGUAGGUACCGGUACAGGAGGACGACCGGACCCCAACAACACUCUCCACGAUGCUGUUGGCAAUUCGUUGACCAAAAUGGGGAUUGAAAUGCCUCGGUACGGCGGAGACUCAGCCGUUUCAAGUAUUGCAGCAGGCUGUGGAGCAAGCGUAUCGACCGACAUGAAGUCCAUGGCAACUUCUCUUACUCGACUCGGUGUUGAAAUUCCACUUAGAGCCAUGUCGGGUGAAUACACACAGUCCGACUCUGGCGCUUCCUACAAUUCUGACAAACAACCAAAUGGUGCAGCCAAACCAAUGCAUCAUCAGCCACUUCGGAUGCCGAUGCCCGGGCCACAUGGACAGGUACCAGUGUUCGCCGCAGGACAGAAUGUGAUGCUGUCCGGGUCGAAAACGGAUGAGGACUCGUCGAUCCUACCAUCGGCUGGCUCUUCCAAGGAAUAUGCCAGCAGUGAGGGGAUGGCGAAACAGCAGCUAAUGGCAGAGCUCCGUGAAGCCUCUAAUCUAAUGGCCGAAUCCAAAACGCAAGAGGCCGCAAAGUUCUGGCGAGACCAUGUGCUCGAAUUGGAAGCACGCCUUCGAGCUCUGACUGGUGACGAAGCUUCCUACGUGUCGGAAAUGGAGAAACAAACGUUGCCGACUUUGAGAGUCAUGAACGUCAAUGUCAACGGUGACUCUGCGCAAGGCAGGGAGGAAUUGGCUCCGACAGCAAAUGGAGGACAAAACAACACAGCUGUUCCCGACGUCGCUCCUGUCGGUGUCAACAAUGACCCGAACAAUCAGUUUACCAACCACCCUUCAAACAGCUUCCAAGCUACCAACUCUAGCCAGAAUAGUUUGGCACAAGACGCGGCGCACCAUCGAAUGGACAUGGCGGCUGCUCGCGCCCCUCUAAUGAUUGAUCCAAGUUUGGAGGGAGUUCCCAUGGUCGACGUUGUCGCACCUGCUGACUUACCAGGUGGCUACCAUUUUGAAGCAGAGAUUGAGGGGCGCCGUUUCUUGGCGACCGUCCCUGCUGGGGGAGUUCAAAAAGGAGAAACAUUCUCAUGCUACAUGCGAGAUCUGGAGAAGGUUGGAUCAGAUAUUCCCGUCGGUCGAUGGAGAGAUGGUCUAUUCGAUUGCUGUUCGAUUGGUUGUUGUCACCCUGUGAUUUGCAAUGGUUUGUUCUGUCCCAUUGUCCUCUUGGGCCAAAUAAUGACGCGGGUGGGGUUCGACUUCUUGGGACGCCCCAGCCUCGACAACAGUAUGAAUGGUCCUGGCACCCUCUGGACAAUUCUGGUCUUCUGGGUCAUCAUGAACCUUGCACUGUUUGCUGCUUUCAAUGUCAAGUGGAGCAGGGGAAUGGAGCUCUCGAUGGCCGAUUUGGGAUCGGUUGUGGUCAUCAAUGUGGCAUACAUUCUUUUCUUGAUCUACCUGACGUCGUCAACACGAGGAAGCCUUCGAGAGAAGUACUACAUUCGAGAAUCUCGGUUUCACGACCUGGAGGAUUGCUGUUGCGCUACAUUCUGUUUGCCCUGUUCAGUCUGCCAAAUGGCUCGACACACUGCCGACUACAGCACCUACGAGGGCGUUUGCUGCAACGAAACAGGUCUUCCUGAUUGCUACGCGCCUUCAAGCAGCGGCAAGUAUUUAGACACUGACCCGGUGAUGUCCUAAAUCCUCAAACUACAAGUGAUGCCCCAUUUUGAUGGUUUCAGAGGCAGGGCAACAAAUGUGAGAUAUUGCGAAAUUGUAUAGGGCCCACAGGAAGCUCUCGCUCACAACUUCACUCACAAAUCAAAUCAUUUAUACGGUAAUAUUCCAUCUAAUGUAGAUCAUUCACGUACACCAUU